AUGUUCGAAACCUUCCAUACACCCGCGAUGUUUUUAGCCUUGGCACCUGUGCUGGCGCUGUACGCAUCAGGCCGUAAAAAUGGUACAAUCGUAGAGUGUGGUUAUGGUGUGAGUCAUGCUGUUCCUAUCUACGAUGGCUUUGCUAUUACUAAAAGCAUCUGUCGUCUCGAUAUUGCUGGCGAGCGCCUUACGGAUUAUCUCAAAACGUGUCUGGUUGAGCGAGAUAACUCCGUCGCCUCUGUUGACGACGAUUUGAUGCGUGACAUCAAAGAGAAGCUGUGCUACGUUGCUCUAGAUUUCGGACAAGAAAUAAGUAACGCUGCAUCCAAUUCCAGCUUGCAGAAAACGUAUGAACUUCCUGAUGGUCGGGUCAUCACCAUCGGAAAUGAGAGAUGCCGAUGUCCCGAGGCCAUGUUCCAGCCUUCCUUUCUUGGAGUGGAAUCGGCGGGUAUCCACGAGACCACGUACAACUCAAUCAUGAAGUGCGAUGAGGACAUCCGUAAGGAGCUGUACGCCAACAUUGUCCUAACUGGUGGAUCUACAAUGUUUCAAGGAAUUGCCGAGCGAAUUCAGAAGGAAAUCACUUCCCUGGCACCGGCAGAGAAGGUCAAAAUCAUUGCUCCUCCAAUUGACCGCAAGUUAUCUGCAUGGAUCGGAGGAUCAAUUUUGGCAUCCUUGGACACCUUCCAGUCCCUGUGGAUUACAAAGGGAGAAUAUGAAGAAGCUGGUCCCGCUAUCGUUGAGCGCAAAUGUGUUUAG